AUGGACCAUGACGCUUCCGGUGUGUCGGAAGGAAGCUCCAGGUCCAUUUCACCGAGUAGUAGGCCAGAGUCCCUACAAGAUGGAGAGCCAGCACGCGUUAUUGAGGCGGCAUCCGCUCAACCGCCGCAGAUAAUGGAUACGGCAGCGGAUAUUGGCAUCACCGCAUCGAUUGCGCAACAACCAAUUGAGCCUCAAGCACAGACAGAACCGCAGCAGGAUCCAGAAACUAUAGACCGGGACACGAGUGCGUCUGGGCCGACAAGUCCCGCCCAUGCAGGGAACCGUUCAGCUUCGCGCAAUGGGUUUCCCGAACCGCCAGUCAACGAGACGGGCGGCGGCUCAAACCAGGCGGCUCAGACAGGCGGACCGGCGGAUUAUGAUCUUAUCGACAACCCUCCAAACCUUGCACGGAUUCGUCAAGUUCUGUUUGAGUGCAGAGAACCUAUCGAAAUUAGCCUACAGGAAUUCGAAACUUACUGGCCAUUUAUCGAUAACGUUUGGGUGAAACAGAGGUCCAACUCGAGCAAAGAAGGACACUGCACCACCGACUACUAUAUGUGCCGCUUGCGACGCCCAACGCACCGUAGCUCGGAUUCACGGCCGCUGCCGGAAGGCAAGCGGCCUCGGAAGAAAAGAGUUCGCGAAGGCGGACUCUGCAACUUUCAGAUCAAGGUUGUCAGGUUCGAGGGGGCGUACUCGACUGUCACUAUCUCUAGAACCCCGGGCAGCAGCCACGAACACGCACAUGACCUCGAUUAUAUUGACAAGGUAAAGCGAAAUUCAGGGCUGAUGGAAUUCGCCAGAAGAGAGGCGAGCAAGGGUUAUCUACCUUCCUCUAUUUACACCAAGUUCCGCGAAGAGCCUGGAAAGCUCAUCGAGGCAGGAGGGAAGUUUUGUACUGUUACAGAUAUCCGAAAUGUGUCUGCAAAGUGGCGGCUACAGAACCCAGAGGUGAAGCUUGUGCCACAUGAGGGCUACGAAUACCAAAAAGGGCAUGGCAUUGUGAGGACUCGACCAGAGAGUGAUUACAGCGACUCGACCGCUCCAAAACUUCCGCCCGUACCGCCAGACACCCUACCUUUUCCUCAGUUCCCACUGAAUUUCCUCGAGCCCUAUCUCCCGAGGAAAAACGAAAGACGCGAAUUUCCCCACGUUACACUAUCUUACGCUUCGUCUAUGGAUUCGAAAAUCUCCCUCUUGCCCGGAAUGCAAACCGUGCUAUCCGGACCAGAGGCUAAACUAAUGACUCACUACCUACGAUCGCGUCACGAUGCAAUUCUAAUUGGGGUCGGAACCGUCCUUGCAGACAACCCAGGAUUGAACUGCAGGUUGCAAGGUGCCGGUGGCUAUGGCGGCCUUGGAAGGAUGUGGCAGCCGCGGCCAGUCGUAGUCGAUCCUCUGGGCAGGUGGCCGGUGCAUCCUGACUGUAGGAUGCUACGAACGGCGGUCGAAGGAAAAGGAUAUGGGGGCGACUAUCUACGUAUUAUGGAAUACCAUCAGAAUUGGCGACUGCGUUGGGAACCCAUCCUACGAGCUCUUGCAUCAGAAGGUAUCAAGAGUGUGAUGAUUGAGGGAGGUGGGAGGGUCCUAAGUGAGCUGCUGAACCCCGAAUACACCGAGUUUAUUGACUCAAUCAUUGUCACCAUUGCACCGACGUACCUUGGAUCUGGCGGAGUUGGUGUCAGCCCAGAUUCAAAGCGCGAUGCGCAAGGCAAGCCCAACGCGGCACUCAAUCCUAGAGACGUGAAGUGGGUUCCCAUGGGACAGAAUGUCAUCAUGUGUGGAAAGAUCCGUACUGCUCCUCCUCCACCAGAGGUAAACCAUCCUCUCGCUUAA